AUGGAGAAGAAACAAGGCUUCUUCUCUGCUCUCAAGGACGAGGUGGUUCGGGGUCUCAGCCCGUCGCGGUCGCGCGCCAGUAGCCCGGCCCGGUCCGGGUCGCCCAUGACGGGUCUGCUCCGGAGGAAGAAGCAGAACCAUCACGGAAAUGGGCACGGCGGCCAGCUGGUGGCCCAGCCGGACGCGUUGAUUGGGAGAUCCGGGAGUCUGAGGCCGGUGAUGGAGGGUCCGGAUCCGGACGGUGGGGAACUCGGGGAUUCGAAGCGGGUCGGGUCGGGUUUGGGCCAGUGGAUGCGAGGGCAACUCUCGCGGACUCCCUCCGUUAGCUCCGUCGCGCAUAACAACAACAAGAGGUCUGAUCUGAGGCUGCUGCUUGGAGUCAUGGGCGCUCCUCUCGCCCCCCUCCACGUCAGCAUCUCCGACCCUUUCCCCCAUCUAAGCAUCAAGGACACUCCCAUCGAAACUUCCUCUGCCCAGUAUAUACUGCAGCAGUACACAGCGGCUUCUGGUGGGCAGAAACUGCAGAACUCGAUCAAAAAUGCUUAUGCGAUGGGAAAGGUUAGGAUGGUAGCUUCUGAGUUUGAAACGGCUACUAAGGUGAUGAAGACCAGAAAUGCUUCUAGAUGUGCCGAGUCGGGUGGGUUUGUUCUCUGGCAGAUGAAUCCGGACAUGUGGUACGUGGAGCUUGCAGUGGGGGGAAGCAAGGUUCAUGCUGGCUGCAAUGGGAAGCUUGUCUGGAGGCACACGCCGUGGCUUGGUGCUCAUACUGCGAAGGGACCCGUGAGACCCUUGCGUCGGGCACUUCAGGGUCUAGAUCCAAGAUCUACAGCUAGUAUGUUUAGCAAUGCAAGAUGUAUAGGAGAGAGGAGGAUCAAUGGUGAGGAUUGCUUCAUCCUCAAGCUUUGUGCUGAUCCUCAGACUCUGAAGGCCAGGAGUGAAGGCCCUGCAGAGAUCAUACGGCAUGUGUUGUUUGGUUACUUCAGCCAGAAAACAGGGCUUCUUGUUCAUAUAGAGGAUUCGCAUCUGACUCGCAUCCAAUCCAAUGGUGGUGAUGCCGUUUACUGGGAAACCACAAUCAAUUCAUUCCUGGAUGAUUACAGGCCUGUUGAAGGAAUCAUGAUUGCACAUUCAGGGCGUUCUGUGGUAACCCUUUUCAGGUUCGGUGAAAUGGCAAUGAGCCAUACCAAAACAAAGAUGGAAGAAGCUUGGACCAUCGAGGAGGUUGCAUUUAAUGUUCCAGGCUUGUCAAUGGAUUGCUUCAUCCCCCCAGCUGACUUGAGAUCAGGGACAAUCAGUGAAGCGUGCGAGCUUCCUCAUGAUGAAAGGGGAAAGGGUGGUGGGAUUGCAGUAGCAGCACAUCGGGCCAAAGUUGCUGCGCUGGAGAAAGAACAUAAUGCUAAUGUUGAUAGCCUGACCUGGAAGAUGGAAGUCUAAUAAGAAGGGGGUGCAGUUAAUUAGGGCAAUUGUUUAUACUGGUAGCGAGUUUAAAUCAGCUAACACCUUAGAAGUUUACAAAGUAGGAGUUGCGUCGCGUUUUUGGACCUUGGUUUUAUGCCUCUUAAUCUGUAAAUAGAGCAUGAUUAUUCAGAGGGUUCACUUCGGCCUGAAUGAAUCUUUAUACUCUCAGUGCAGAAUCCAACAAAGGUGUUGGAGCUCGAUUUUUCCAGCUGGGGAUAGAGCAAAAGGAGGUUAAGUUUUAGUUUACCUUCGGUGCAUGAGGGAAGGUGGCGAAGCUUGGGUAUAGCAGAACCAUUAACCUGGGAUAAUUCCACUAAUUAUCUUACGUCAAAUCCAGGAGCGGCGAUAUAAGGAGAUUGCCCAUUUCUGGCAUGGAGUUUGAAGCUUAAUCCUGUUAGUUCGAUAGUGUUUACUGUUUUUGGGUGUGUUAAUCUUUGUGGUUGUGUGAUGGAUGCAGAAGUUGUACCUAAGGUAAAAGGAAAACAGAUGUUUUUCAGGGGGUAUGAGUUGAAUUUUCAUUUCUUUAUCAUUAACUGGUGAAACCAAGAUAUGGGUCUCUAGUUGUAUUUUCUGGCACUUUGUCAGUGCCCAUCAAGUAUUUAAUGUUCAUGAAUAUAUAGGAAUCACCAUCCUUCCUUUUC